CUGCCUUUGACACAGUAGCCAUUUUUGCCGUCAAAGUUAAAGCAGAGAGUCGCAGAUUUUGUUGAUAAAAUAGUUCAAUUUUAUAAAGUGAUUUUUUGAAUUUUCUUUAAGCAGAACAAUGAAGAGUGUAAGGAGGAAACAGGGGGUAAUUACAGUUGAGGAAUUUGAUGAAGAGACUAUAUGUCGGCUUUGCUUGAAGCUCAGUACAAGUAGUGAAAUGACAAAUAUAUUUCGCAAUGACACCAAAAAACAAUUAAGUUUGAGGAUUAUGGCUUGUACUUCCCUGGAGGUAACUCCUGAUGAUCCACUGCCCAGUCAGAUUUGUCCAACUUGCAGUGAUUUCCUGGAAUUGUUUUAUUCUUUCAGGAAGAAAUGCAAGAGUUCUGACUUGAAGUAUCGGAGAUUUUUGAGAUUGCAGAGUUCAGGGAAAAUUAAUAGUAUCAAUGAUUUGUCUGAUGAUGAGGAUGAUGUGGAGUAUUCAGAGGUUCUCAUGAAGUUUAGGGAGAAGGAAAAGAAUGCCGUGGAGGAGAAGCUUGAGAAAGUCAAGGAGGAACUUGCAAGCAAGUAUGAGGAGGAGAAACUGACGAUUCUGCAGGAGGAGAAACGGAGAAUCUAUCGAGAAGAAAAGCAGAAGAUCCAGGAGAAUGCUAUGAGAGAGAUUGUAGCAACGCUGAAGCAAAAGGAGAGGGAGGAAAAGACCAAAAUUGAGCCAGAAGAAGCCAAAAUGCAGAUGGGAACUGGAAAGGUAUUUCGGAUUAUCAAAAAGUCCAAUGAGUCGAGUGAAGAUCCUGAAGAUGAUAGCGUGGAAUAUGAAGUGGUAAUGGGAGAGGAGGAAGAAGAUAGUGAGAAGAAAGAUUAUCAAUUCAACACUGACGUUGACUACACUUUAGUAUCGGAGGAUGAAUAUGAGAUCCAAGAGGAAGCCAGUGAGGCCACGACAAUAAAUCAGCUGAAAGAGGAUGAAAGUCAUCAAGCUGACUACACGGACUACUUCAAGAGUCCAGAAGUUGAUGAAGUUGAGGAUUUUCACUAUUUGGAGGAAGAUAGAGAAGAAUAUGAGGAGCCAGUUGAUAUGGAGGAGGACGAGCAGGAUGAUCAUGAGAAUCCUACAACCAGCGAUUUCAUAAAAAAAGAAUCCUGCGAUUCCCAAAGCAUGAACGUUGAGACAGAUGAAGGAAAAGUCUUUUACUUGGAAAUUGAGGGAGAGGAAGCAGCUAACAAGCCAAAAUACUACGAUUCAAAUGGAGAUCUUCUGAUAUUCAAAUGCUCAAUGUGCCCAAAAACCUUCUCGAGGAAAAAGGGGCUUGAGAAACACGAGAUAUCUCACAUGAAACGCAAAGGAUAUUCAUGUACCUUCUGUGAAAAGUGGUUUCCCAGCAAUAGCAGUCGUCAGAGGCACGAAAGGAUUCACACUGGCGAGAAACCCUUCACUUGCAGCGUAUGCGGGAGAAAGUUUGUCCAGAAGGAAAUUCUCAAGCGUCAUCUCAUUGUACAUUCCGCCGAGAAGCCAUACAAAUGCAAUCAGUGCGAUAAGCAAUUUACUCAGAAGGAAAUUCUGCGGCAACAUGUGAACAGGAAUCACAGCGCAAAUCCCGUGGUGGAGGUGCACAAGUGUUUUCUCUGUCCAAAGACUUUCUGCCAUGCCUCAGGAUUAAGUCGUCAUCUGCUUGUCCAUGCUGGACGUACAUUCCCAUGCGAUGUCUGUAGGAAGGAGUUUGUGGAUAAGAGUGCUCUUAAAAGGCACAUAAACACCAUUCAUAAAAAUACAGCAUAGAAGUUAUGAGAAAAAUAGAGAAAUAUAGAUUUUAUUGAAUACUUUGGGGAUUGCCAUUGAAUAAAGAAUUUGCGAGAAAC